AUGUCUCUCCGUGCAGUAGCUCUAGCCAGCUACAGCAGAACAGAAGUCUUCAAGCACCCCCACUCUAGAAAGUUAAACCACGAAGGCCUAAAGGUGGCUUUCACCGAGUCAGUGUAUUCUUCAAAUCCCUCAGCGAGGAUUAGCUGCCUUGCUCCGACACCUCAAAUCUCCGUUCUCUCAGACGAAUACUCAAGGCCAGCAGUGAUUGGACAUGCCAGAAGUUUUGGAUCGUACCCAGACAGUGCUGAAGCUAUCAAAGACAUUCUCGUGUCUGUUUUAAAUGCAUCUGGUUUGAAGCCCUCUUUGGUGCUGGAGCAGACCAGAAUGCAGGGAGCUGAGCAUCUGGACAGUGAUGUGGAACGGUGGGAAGAAAGCAGCGAUGGGGAUAGCCAUGACGACAGUGACAGUGAUUCUGCACAUCACAACACUGCCUGUACGCAAACAGACAUUCGGUUUACAAGGCACCGGGCAUGUUGGGACAACACGUGCUGCGAUUCCUCUAAACCUUCGCUGGAUACUUUCUUUUGUCCCCGUUACUCUGACGGCGAUCCUGCUGCUUCCUCCUUGAAUGGUUUCGCUCUUUUGGACGUGUCCCCUCUGAAGCGUGACUGCUUUACGCAGGUGACGUUAACAGGAGGCACUGUCACAUCAGCUGUUGUGUGUUCUGGAAAAGAACGUUAUACCUCCCCUGAACGAGACUUGACUUUCACAAGGUUUCUUCCUGAUUCAACUGUUGGUAAGACAGCAGAUCUGUUGAAAUACCCUGAUGCUUUAGAGCCUGCACCCGUCAGCAGCAGUGACAGCAAUUCUCCCAGUGGACUUUCCCAGUCGGAGCCAGUCAAUCGAACAGGUUCUACUUCUCCUUUGAACAUAAGUGCUAUACCCUUGAAUCGUUCGUUGCAGGACAUCUGCAUGCUUCCAGAAGAUGUGGAGAAGGAAAACGCACACUUUUUUGUUGCAGAUAUGAUUAUAGCAUCACUAGAAAAAAUGAAGUGUAAUAUCCUAAGCCAACAAGCAGAGUCCUGGAGUGUGGAGGAAACAAGUGGAUCAGAUGGCAGCUGUCACACUGAUUCGGAGUUAUCUUCUUACCCUGGAGUGAAGAAGUCUGAUUCUUCCGUUGCCUCUUCAGACAGUGGUUAUGAAGGCUGUGCUCCGCUGCCUGUCAGCUCCCCAGUGCAUCUACCAUCACAUCAUGAGGUUACCAGAUUUCGUUACCACAGUGACUCAGAGGAUGAAUAUGUAAUUAUUGAACUUGAAGACCUUGAAAAUCUGUCUGUCGCCCCAGAUGAAAGAUCAUCUUUUGAACCAGGCAGCAAUUCUGCUGAAGCAACAGCCCAGGAGUUGUGCAGAGCUUUCAGAAAACACUGGUUGCAGACAGACUGUGCAGUUCAACUGUCUGGUUGCCUGAGCUCAUCUAAGCAGAGAUCUGAGCUGAAAGAAGAGAUUCCAAGAGAGCUUGAGUCCAGUUUGAAUCUGGCUGAAGAAAUAAAGAUCAUAUCCAAAUUAAGAGGAUCUUCUGGCUGGUCCCCACCAAGAUCGCAGAUUAUAUUUAAUAUUCACCCUUCAAUCAAGAGAGAUGCAGUGGUGGCUGCCCAGAACUUCACGUGUGUUGGUUGUGGAACCCCAAUAGAAAGCAAAUAUAUCAGGAGACUCCGCUAUUGUGACUACCUGGGGAAAUACUUUUGUGACUGCUGCCACAGCUAUGCCCAGUCUUCCAUUCCUGCCCGAAUACUGAUGAAGUGGGACUUCAAAAAAUACUACGUAUGCAACUUCUCCAAACACCUUCUGGACAGCAUAUGGCAGCACCCAGUUUUUAAUGUGUUGUGUAUUAACAAAGCCCUCUACGUGAAAAGUAAAGAAAUGGACAGGGUGAAGGAGGCGCAAGAACAGCUUUUUCAUUUAAAAAAGCUUUUGAAAACCUGCAGGUUUGGUGAAAGUGUACUGAAAGAAUUUGAACAGGUCCCCAGCCACCUGACAGAGGAGCUGCAUCUCUUCUCACUGGAUGAUCUGGUGAAGAUCAAACGAGGGCAGUUACUGCCCCUUCUUAAAGAUAUUCUGAAGAGCUCCACCUCCCAUGUGGAUGGUUGCGAGCUCUGUCAAGCGAAGGGGUUUAUCUGUGAAUUCUGUCAGAGCGCAGAUCUGCUCUUUCCAUAUCAGAUUGCCAAAUGCAAAAGGUGCACAGAGUGCAAAACAUGCUUUCACAAAGCAUGCUUCGAGUCUGGAGGCUGCCCCAAAUGUCUGCGGAUUGCAGCUCGGAGGACGCUUUCAGAAACUCCAUCACUGGUGCCUCCGUGA